AUGAUGUUUCAUCGGUUCUUAUUUAAUAAUAGUGUUAGUGCUAAUUCCAACAAUUUCUUCGUAAAAUGCAGUUUGCUGAAUCAAACCCUACGAGGGGCGAGAGGCUACUCUACGGGUUUAAAGAAACCGAAAACUGGAAUUGUGCUAAUAAAUAUGGGAGGACCGGAAUCCACUGAUCAAGUUUAUGACUAUUUAUAUCGAAUUAUGACAGACAGAGACAUGAUACAAUUGCCCAUAGCCCAAAAUACACUAGGACCUUGGAUAGCGAAAAGAAGAACUCCCGAAGUUCAGAAGAAAUAUAAGGAAAUAGGAGGUGGGUCUCCGAUAUUAAAAUGGACAAAACUACAGGGUAAACUUAUGUGCGAAAUGCUCGAUCAGAAGAGCCCUGAGACUGCCCCCCACAAAUCAUACGUAGCCUUCAGAUACGUGCCUCCAUUCACGAAGGAUGCCUUUACCGAGUUAAAAAAAGAUGGGAUAGAACAUGCCGUUAUGUUUUCCCAGUACCCGCAGUAUUCUUGUGCUACGACUGGAUCUAGUUUUAACGAAAUAUACAGGCAUUUGCGAAAAAACGAUGUGCUGGGUGAUAUGAAAUUAUCGGUAAUCGAUCGAUGGCCACUACAUCCUCUAUUAGCAAAGACGUUUGCUCAGAACAUCAAGAACGAACUACAGCAAAUUCCGGAAAAUAAAAGAAAAGAGGCCAUUAUACUCUUUUCGGCACAUUCCCUUCCGUUAAAAGCUGUAAACCGUGGCGAUUCAUACCCAUCGGAAGUUGGUGCUACCGUUCACCAAGUCAUGCAGGAGCUGAAUUUCUCCCAUCCUUAUCAAUUGGUGUGGCAAUCCAAGGUGGGUCCCCUGCCUUGGCUGGGGCCCAUGACGGACGAGGCCAUCAAAGGAUACGUCAAGCAAGGGCGAAAAACGUUUAUUGUAGUACCCAUUGCUUUUGUGAAUGAGCACAUAGAAACACUGCACGAGCUUGAUAUUGAAUAUUGCAAGGAUCUAGCUAAGGAGGUUGGAGUGGAAACUAUUCGUAGAGUCCCUGCUCCAAAUGACCAUCCGUUAUUCAUUGAAGCUCUCUGUGAUAUAGUCCAGAAACAUUUGCAGAGUAAGGUACCUGUAUCACAUAAAUUUUUGAAUAGGUGUCCGCAUUGUACUAAUGCGAAUUGUUAUAAUAGUAAAAAAUGGUAUUCCGAGGUUUGUUCUUUUUAA